GUCCGGGAAGAAGAAAAAAAAGUGCAUGUGCAAGCAGAACUGAGAAAGUUCAUAGAGCCGAGGUGCAGGAUGUCCCGUUAAGGAGAAAAGAAAACCCUGCAAAGGAGCAGAAGCAACACAAGCUGACGGGGUGAAAGCAGUGCAAACCAGAGCGAACGAAAUUUACCACACCUAUAUUUUUAAACUGGGAAAAUGGGCUUUCCGACGAUAUUUAGUUGUCGCCGGAUUGUUCUCAAAGUGUUUUUGGUUCAGUUCAUCGCCUUUCAAGCAACAUAUGCUGCUCCUUCGCCUAUAAUCAGGUUUCCUGGAGACGAUACUACUCCCAAAACAGACAAAGAGGUUGCUCUGCACUAUCUGAAUAAGUUUUAUGGAUGCCCACAAGACAGAUGUAACCUUAUGGUGCUCAAGGACACCCUGAAGAAAAUGCAAAAGUUCUUCUCUCUGCAAGAAACUGGAGAGAUUGAUGCCAAAACUGUGGAUAUCAUGAAAAAGCCCCGCUGUGGCGUUCCAGAUGUGGCCAACUACAAUUUCUUCCACAGGAAACCCAUGUGGCAGAAGAAAGACAUCACUUACAGAAUCCUUGGAUACAGUCCCGACCUGGAUGAGGAAGUCAUUAAUGACGCUUUCUUCAGAGCCUUCAAAGUAUGGAGUGACGUCACCCCACUCACGUUCACCCGCCUCAUGGACGGAGAGGCUGACAUCAUGAUUAAUUUUGGCCGCAAUGAGCACGGAGAUGGUUACCCCUUCGACGGAAAAGAUGGCCUCUUGGCUCAUGCCUUUGCUCCAGGGCCGGGAAUUGGGGGAGACUCCCAUUUUGAUGAUGAUGAGCAGUGGACACUGGGAGACGGUCAAGUGGUAAAGGUGAAGUAUGGCAAUGCUGAUGGGGAGUUCUGUAAAUUCCCCUUCCUGUUCAUGGGCACCGAGUACAACAGCUGUACACCUCAGGGCCGUGAUGACGGCUUCCUGUGGUGCUCAACCACAUACAAUUUCGAUGAAGACGGCAAAUAUGGAUUUUGCCCCCAUGAAUUACUAUUCACCAUCGCUGGAAACGCAGAGGGCGCUGCAUGUAAAUUCCCCUUCACCUUUCUGGGAGAGAAGUAUGACGCAUGCACCACUCAAGGCAGGGAUGAUGGGUACCGCUGGUGUGCCACCACUGAGAACUAUGACCAGGACAAAACCUUCGGGUUCUGCCCUGAAACUGCCAUGUCAACGGUGGGAGGAAACGCAGAGGGAAGCCCCUGUGUCUUCCCCUUCACCUUCUUGGGUGACACCUAUGAGUCCUGUACCUCAUCUGGACGCAGCGAUGGUAAAAUGUGGUGCGCUUCCACCAAGAGUUAUGAUGACGACCGCAAAUGGGGAUUCUGUCCAGACCAAGGUAUGAAUAGUGUGCCAACAGACAAGCCGUUGCCUCCAACCCAGGGUCCAGUCACUCCAAUGGACAUCUGUAAAGAGCCAGUUGUCUUUGAUGCUAUAGCACAGAUCAGAGGAGAGACCUUCUUCUUCAAGGACAGGUUCCUGUUCAGGUCAGUCAACUUCAGAAGCAAGCCCAACGGCCCUAUGCUGGUGGCCACCUACUGGCCAGACCUGCCUGCCAAGAUAGAUGCUGCCUAUGAAAACCCAGUGGAGGAAAAAACAGUGUUCUUCUCAGGCAACGAGAUGUGGGUCUACAAAGCCGAUGAGCUGGAGAGAGGCUAUCCCAAGAGGCUUUCAAGUCUUGAACUCCCCACCGACCUGCAGCAAAUCGACGCUGUCUUCAACUUUAGGAAGAACAGGAAGACUUACCUGUUUGCUGGGGACAAAUUCUGGAGAUACGAUGAAGAUAAGAAGAAAAUGGACCCCGGCUUCCCCAAACUUAUUGCUGAUUCCUGGAAUGGAAUCCCAGAUGGCAUAGACUCUGCCUUCACUCUUAAUGGCAUUGAUUACAGCUACUUCUUCAAAGGCAACCACUAUUUCAAACUGGAAGACAGCAGCUUGAAGAUUGUCAAAUUGGGUGAAAUCACAAAGGACUGGCUCGGUUGUUGAGCAUUUCCAAAACGUCUCGCAACUGGCUAAUUCCUGUAAUGACCUCUGGCCUCAUGAGGACAUUGCGAUAGUAUCAAGCACAACUUGAGGCCGCCGCAGUGCACACUGUUGUAAGUUUUUAUCCCAGCAACUCUGCACGCUUCUGUGGGAGACACGUCCCUUCCAGCCUGUAUAACCAGCCUCCAGCUUUGUAGAGAGGCACCUUGGGACCUUCUUCACAGGCUAAACAUAGGCAACUGGAUAUUUGCUCUCUGUGUGAUGUUGACAUUUUAUUUGUUAUGCUGAUGCAGAUUUCAAUAUGUACCCCCAAUUUUAUUGUUUUAUAGUUUUUUUUGUUAUUUUUUUUAAAAAACUCAGACAUCGGGUAUGUCAACACUGCAUUGAACGCAGUGCUAUACUGUGCUGUGAGAUAUUGCCGUUUUAUGCAAAUUUAAUUCUUAAAUUUAAUAAUCAAGUGCAUUUUUUUUAUAAAUUUAUCAACUUUUAAUUAAUGUUGUCAUUAUUGUGCAAUACAUUUGACAAAUAAAUUUGCACAAUGUGUUUGACCGAAAAAUGGUGCUUUAGAGAUUGCUUUUUGCCUAUAGUCCUAUAUGUGUGUGUGUAUAUAUAUAUAUAUAUAUACAGUAUAUACAUUUUAUCUUCUGUGUAACUAUGUCUGACUACUUAUCCUCUGGAUGUUAGAAAGUAGUAUUCACAGGCACACAUUAUUCUUCAUUUUCAUCAGCACUUUGUAUAGGACUAUAUAAGGGAACUGCUCAGUGUGGAGACCAAAUUAUUGUCAUGGUAACUCCAUGUUGCAUUUCCCUUCACUAAUGGUACAGGAAGAUUAAAGGCACAGGUUGCCUCUAGAGGCUGUAUUGCUUUGCUGCAUGAUGGAAUCAUGACAAGAGUACCGCAGUACUAUUGUUUAAUAAUCUUUUUUAUAUUCUCUUUUCUCUCUGGUGUUUUAUCAAUACAGUUAUUGUGUUUUGUGUUGUUUUAAUGCUUGUGCACUUUGUUACUGUCAUAAAUAAAGAUGGUCAAUAUAAUGUG